AGAAUCGGCGUCCACCAUCAUCCUCUUGCCGUCGCGUUAGACAUUUCAAUUGGCGUGUACAAAAAGUUCCAGUCUCGGAAAGAGUAACUAACASAAACUUGCAAUGAAGACCAAAAUUCAAUCACUCGGUGGCAAUCAAAAUUUUAGUCUGCGCAUAUUCACACUGAGGAGKAGAAGGACGUCGAAAACUCUCAUCGAAAUGAAGCUGAUGAACCGAAAAGUCCGCUUCAACCCGUUCCGGCGAAGGCACAGCAAACACGUUGAUGUGGCACCAUCACUUCCAGAACGCGAUGACACCGACACCGAAAAGAGUGUUAGCAUUGACGAUAAAGAAUACGGCGAGUGCAAAAGGCGSCAACUCUCCCCACUUUCUUCCAUAAUGGCAAAGUUCAUCGUCGAGAGUGCCGAAAAGACCUACAACAGCAUCGAGUCUGACCUGGAACGGUCSGAAUUUGCCGAUAGCAUCGAGUUUGUCUUGAAUUCUGUCAGGAAUGGUAAGGACGUCCCCCAACAGCGCAACUCGGUGGUCGAACUUCUGGCGAAAACAACACGGGCCACAAUGGAGUCCAUCGACAACGAAGAAGAACAAGACGUGUUUCUGCGAGGCAUUUCUGAUAGGUGGAACUCCAGUGCAACGAGAUGAUGAUACUCAUUCGAUCCCACCGCGCACCCAUCUCCGACCUAAAGGGAAGUUAUCAUUGCACUUUAUUGGAAUAAUCAUUCGAUUUAGGGAAAAGUAGAAGAAAUCACAUGUAAAAUAAGUAUCUAACAAAUAC